AGGAAAUAUGCGGACAAUUAGUUUUAUAAUAGCCGCUGCGGUGCUGACUAUAUGUAAAGCAGCAUCACCACAACUUCGUUUCGCUUGGAAGCAAGUAGACUACGCCUGGGACACGCCUGCUGACAGGGAAAAUGCCAUAAAAGCCGGUCAAUUUGUACAAGAACACAACUUAAUUCUUGGUUUGGCGAGAUGGAAAAACAAGCUGUUCAUCACCGUCCCAAGGUGGAAGAACGGCGUGGCUUCCUCGCUGAACUAUGUGGAUGUAGAUGGGGCUCAAGACCAAAUUUUGAAGCCGUAUCCUUCAAUGAAGGACAACUUGGUCCCAGACGACGCGAAAGAGCUGCCUUCCAAUAGCUCCAUUAUCUCCGUGUUCCGGGUGUAUGUCGACCCCUGUGACAGGCUAUGGGUUAUGGAUUCGGGAUUGGCAGACAUUUUUGGUGCUGGGAACCAGAUUGCGGGACCGUCUCUAGUGGUGUUCGACUUGAACACCGACCAGCUUCUUCAUAGAUAUUUCUUCAAAGUCUCCGAUAUGAAGGAAGAUUCGUUCUUCGCCAACGUCGUAAUAGACGUGGACAAGGACACAUGCGACAACGCGUUCGCGUACAUCCCGGACCUGGGCGCGUACGGAGUGGUGGUCUACAGUCUAAAGCAGAACGACUCCUGGCGUAUCUCUCACCACUACUUCCACUUCGAGCCUCUGGCUGGCCAGUACAAGGUUGGCGGCAUAGAGUUCCAGUGGACUGAUGGAGUUUUCGCGCUGGCUUUGUCUGAGCCAAGGGAACACGGGUAUCGAACGAUGUUUUUCCACGCGUUCUCGAGCACGAAGGAGUUCUGUGUGUCAACCGAGCUGCUGCGUAACUACACACACAUCGAUAAGCACGAGGCAUUCCACGAUUUCAAGUUGCUUGGUGACCGCGGAGAACGCACUCAGUCCUCAGCCAGCUUCUACGAUCCCAAGACCAGUGUUCUCUUCUACACACAGGUGAACAGAGACGGCGUGGGAUGCUGGAACGUGAACAAGCCCUACACGCCGGAGACCAACCCUCUCCUCUUCAGCGACCCUAUUCUCUACGAGUUCCCCAACGACUUGAAGGUGGACGAUGAAGGCACCCUCUGGCUGCUCACGGAUAAGCUGCCGCGGUUCCUGUACAAAUCGCUGGACCCCAACGAAGUCAACUUCAGGAUAUUCAGCAUCAACACCACCGAAGCCAUCGCAGGCACCGCCUGCCAAUAAACGUACUUUGUCAGUUGUACGAAUGUAUUGUAAACUAGAGAUGCCGAAAAUAGAUUGUUCUUUACCUUUGUU